AACUGCACACCAUCCACUUGAGCUUCUACUACAAGCGGUGGUCUACAGGUAUGACACCAAGAUACUCAUAGGUACCAUGUCCAAAUCAGACAAGAGCGGACCCCAGUCCACGGACUUCACGACAGAUUACAAAGCCAAGCUCGAUGAGGCUGCCUCGCAAAGCAAGAAUGCGCCCCCGAGUGAUGAGAGCAGCGGCGGAAUAGUAGACAAGAUCUCUCAGUACGUGCCGGUGCUCGGCAAGGCACUCGGCACUAGUAGCAAAGAGGAGGAAUCUGAGGCAUCGUCAAGCGUUGAGCCCUCUGUACCGCCGCGCCGCCCCGAACACGACCCGCAAAUUGAGGAGUUUAUCAGGGACCAACACCGUAGCAAGAAAGUGGUCAAGCCGGAGACUGACACUAGCACGGAUUAGAGGCCGGCGAAGAGAUAUAGCCGAUGACGAGAUCCUGCCCUUGCUUGGCAAUGAGACACAUUCAAGGGAAAUAGAGUCUAAAGACACAAUAUAUUUCAAGAUUUCCCCAGCCAGACUGAGCAAACUAGUAGGAAGAGACACCCUUCGUCAGACUCGGACUUUGGAUCGAGGCCGGUGUGAACAGUAAACCGCAUUUUUCGUGUCGCUGCAGGGGCGCCGUCGAUGCGAAUCGGAAGCCGGUCGCAAAAGCAAGUUUGUCUGUGCUACUACAUCCAAAGCUGGGCCUGAAGAGGAUAGCAUAACCAGCGACCGUUAUACCUAGAAGAUCGAACAGAGGGUUGGGAGACAGAG